AGUUGGGAUGACAAUAUGAAGAAAAGGAUUGUCAUUGCUGCUCGGGACAAUUGGGAAAACUACUUUUCACGCCUAUUUCAUGUUAAGUCAGACAGUGGUGACGCUCAGAUAUUGGGUGUGUGUCAUCGUGGAAUUCGUCUCCUGAGGAUGGUUGCAGCAUCCGGCAUUGAUCCGAAACACCUCCGCUUACUUCGAACCUACAGCUUUGCAGAGUUGCUGUCGGUCGAACUCUGUGGCACAAACCAAGUGCAACUGGAGCUGACAAAUGAAAACCUACAGCUGUACUCCUCCAGAGCCCCUCAAAUAAUUGCUAUGGUUCAGUUCUUCCUCAAAGAGCUCAUGAAGAAUUCUGGCCACGUGGUUGCCUUGAAGAGCUUUGUAACAGAUGACAAGAGCCUGCUCAGCUUCAGCAAAGGUGAUGUCAUCAAGUUGCUACCAAUGGAGGGACUCCAGGCAGGUUGGCGUUUUGGUACAAUGGGAGGACGCUCUGGUCUUUUCCAAGAGGAUCUAACACAACCGUCUGCUGCAUUGGACUACCAUUGUCUCCAACUGGAUCGAAGAGAUAAUCGGUGUAAAACUAUGAGAGGUGCAAGAGCUUCCAGUCAAGAAAAAGAAGCUCUGGUUCCCAUUGGCAAGCAAAUUGACACCACUGAGUCCGAGUGGAUGACGCGAGAUGUCUCAUCUCAGAGAACAGCACAGACGUCCAUCCAACGGUCACUUCACGAGUUACCAAGGCCAAACAGUGAUUCAGAGUGGCAGAGAAAUGUCUCAUCCCAGAGAUCAAUGCAGACGCCUGUCCAGGAAUCAUUUCAAGACAGAGAGAUCCAGAUGUCUGUAAUGGCUGAGUUCGCCAUGAAAUUCUUUAGAAUGAAAAAUGACGGCUCCAAAGCAAGUGUCAAGACUUUUAAUGAGGCAGUUGAAUUCACAAAGGUGCCCAUUCAAGAGUCCCUAAUUCUCUACAAUGAACCCGACACCAAUGAUUUAUCAGUCCAAUGCUUUCGCAAUGUGAUGCAGUUCAUGGGUGAUACAGCCAUGAAAAAGCGAACCACCCAAACAGACUGUCUGAGUCACAUCUUGCUGCUCGGAAAGGAAAGAGAACUGCUGAGAGAUGAAAUCUACUGUCAGGUUAUCAAGCAAACCACCAACAACCAUACUAAAUCCAGCUGCAUUCUAGGUUGGCGUCUACUAUACCUGAUUGCUGGGUUCUUCCCUUGUUCUGGUAACCUAGUGCCCUAUGUUACACGCCACCUGCAUGACAUCGAGACAGACCCUGAACACAAUUACCAAGAGCUGGCAUCUGUGUGUGAGGAUAACCUUCAGCGAUCUCUCAAAUUUGGUGGUCGCCGUAACAUCCCUUCACAUGUCGAGCUGGAAGCCAACCUGGCGGGCAAAUCCUCACAGCUCAUUUCUAUCCAACUGCCAGGCGAGGUGAAAUUCCCUGUCAAGAUACAUAGCUUCAGUAUGGCAGCAGAUGUGAUCAACAAACUCCGCAAAGAAAUGAGUAUCUCGAAUCCCUCCGAAAUGAAUGAAUUCUCCAUCUUCGCCCACCGCCAGAAAGACGGGAUUGUGCGCCCUCUCCAUUCGAGUGAGUACCUGAUGGACUUUUUGCUGGACGAUGGCUGCAUCUUCUUGUCAAUAAGAAGAGUGAUGUGGCAAAUUCCUCUGUGCUUCAACAAUGAUUUAUAUGUGGAGUUUCACUAUCAACAGCUCAAGGAUGACUACUUGAAUGGGCUUCUCCAGCUCACUCCUGCUGCAAAUGGGUCCUCAUCAGUCCAGCAGAAUGCAGAGCUGGCAGGCCUGCAGCACCUGGCUCAGGGACUGAAAAUACAGCUCUCAGUGUUGGAAAUCAAGAAAUUUUUGCCUGCUCAGGAGGGGCAGAACGUGAAUAUAGAUGGGAUCCACUCCCUCUAUUUAAACAAGAUCGACGCCAUGAAGGCUCUCAGCCCACUCGAUGCCAAAAUACAAUUUAUUGUGCUUCUGACUGAGCAACGUAUGUUUGGCUCCAACAAUUACUUGGCCCAGAAAGUCAGCCGGCGUGGAUGUCCUUCCCCUUGCAUUGUCAGUGUCAACCAUGAAGGAGUGCAAUUUCUUCAUCCUAAAACACAGGAGGAAGUGUUUAAAAUCCCUCUCACAGAUGUUCAGUCCAUGCGCACUGUGCGACCUAAAAAUGCAGGAAGACUACCAUCGAUGGAAAUAAGUUAUGGAACACCAAAUAAGUUCCAAAAAAUAACAAUUCAUCUCAAACAGGCCAAGGAGCUGUGUCACAUCCUUGCUAUGAUAAUGGAAGAGUUUAUCCGUCCCUCAGUCGCCAGCUCCAUCUCAAAUUUCCAGUAGACACAUUCCACUUUCUCUUUAAAUCUAAAGCAUACAACCAUUUAUACUCACAAUCACACCUCAGGACAAUU